AUGGAGUGCGACAGAGAAGAGGCCUUGAAGGCCAGGGAAAUUGCUGUUAAGAAGUUGGAAAACAGAGAUUUUGUUGGUGCUAAAAGGAUUGCCCUUAAAGCACAGAGGAUUUUUCCAGAGAUAGAGAACAUACCCCAGCUGUUAACUGUCUGUGAAGUACAUUGUGCAGCAGAAGCAAAAGUAAAUGGAAUGUUGGACUUUUAUGGAAUUCUCCAAGUAGAAGGGACAGCGGAUGAGGUGACCAUAAAGAAGCAAUAUCGUAAGCUUGUCCUCUCACUUCACCCUGAUAAAAACAGUUAUGCUGGUGCAGAAUCUGCUUUCAAGUUUGUCGCAGAAGCAUACUCAACAUUGGCUGAUCGAACAAAACGAUAUGCAUAUGACAUCAAAUGGAGGGCUGCUCCCAAAAUUGCCCCAAAGCAGGCUAGACAACCGAAACAGGCUGCAGAACCAACUCGGGCUACACAACCGAAUCAGGCUACACAACCGAAACAGGCUGCAAAACCAAAGCAUGCUGCUAAACCAAAGCAGGCUGCACAGCCAAAGCAGGCUACACAACCAAUGAGGACUACAGAGCCAAUUAACAAAAAUGACGCAAAUAGAAGUAAUACAGCAGGAUAUGGGCCAUCAGGUUCAACACCCACCGAUGGGUGGACAUUUUGGACCAUAUGCAUCCACUGUACAACAAAAUAUAAGUACCAUGGUGACAUACUCAAUCGUCAGAUCCGCUGUCAGAACUGCAGGCAAAAUUUCUUUGCACACCAGAUAAGUACAGAGGAUGUGCCUUCUGCAUUCUCAUCAAAAACAGCAAAUAGUGCUGGGCAACAAGGCUGUGUUCCCACUCAACAAGGCUGUUCUACAAAUUUCUUUUCUAGAGAGAACAAAGAGGGGCCUGUGACAAAAGGAGUUGAAUUUUCUGCAAACAAUUCUUCUAAAGCAUCUGCAUCAAAUGGAAAUGAUGGGGCAGAUGGUAGGAUGCAAACUGACUCUACUGUACCAGAUUUUGGUGACAGGAAAAACCUAGGUGGUGGGGUGGAUACAUCAGCAGAGCCAGGUGCUGCAGGAAUCCCUAGUUCACGGAGAUCUUCUAGGAGAAAGGCUUGUGUUGACGCCAACAACAUCCUGAAUUCUCCAAAGAAAAAGAGUCGGACACUCAAAGAUUGGUUCUCAAAUGCUGCCUCCAGUUCUAAUAAAGUGGUUGAUGAUAAUGUUGCCCAUGCUGAUGGACAAGUUAGUGAACCUCAUGUGUCUAGCAAAACAGACAAUCAAGAUAGAAGUGGUACUGUCAAAGAAGACAAUAAAAGAAAUAAUAAAAAAACUUAUGAUCCACCUGCUGAGAAGCCUUGCAAUACUGGGAGCAUCACGUACCCUGACCCAGAAUUUUUUGACUUCGAUAAGUGCAGAGAUGUCAAACUGUUUGCAGUUGAUCAGAUAUGGGCACUUUAUGAUGACUUCGAUGCCAUGCCAAGAUUUUAUGCUAGAAUAAGACAUCUUAAUACCACCAACUUCAGUGUUAAGUACACUUGGCUGGAGCAUUCUGCAGUGAAUGAUGAUGAGGAAACAUGGACUGAUAAUAAUCUUCCUGUGGCUUGUGGGAACUUUACAUUAGGAAACACAGAGGAGUCACAAGAUCCCCUCAUGUUUUCUCACAUUGUUUCAUGGGCUAAAGGAAGAAAAAGGGGUUCUUAUGUAAUAUAUCCAAAUAAAGGUGAGGUUUGGGCUCUUUAUAAGGGCUGGAGUAUGCAGUGGGUCUCAGAUGCAGACAAUCAUAGAUCCUAUGAGUAUGAAGUGGUGGAGGUCCUUUCAAACUUCACAAUGGAAGCUGGUGUCACUAUUAUCCCCUUGGUCAAGGUUAAAGGUUUUGUGAGUCUGUUUGCACCAGCAAAGGACAAAUCAUCAUUUGUUAUAUCAUCAAGUGAACUACUUCGGUUUUCCCACAGUGUCCCAUUUUUCAGAACAGUGGGAAAUGAGAAGGUUGGUGUCCCUUGUGGGUUUCUUGAACUAGAUACCGUAUCCCUUCCUAGUAACCUGGACGUAGCAUUUCCACCAGUUACUCUUGAUUCAUGUGUGCCUAUCAACAAAACAAUGAGCAGUGGGUUUGUUGAUUUGACUGGCAACACUACACCUGGCCGUGGAAAUGAACGAAGCGCUCAAAAGGGGAUUCAUAGAAAUGUUGGGAAGUGGAGAAAACAUUCCCUUCAAACUCCUCAGCAGCAUAAUGCCUGCCUUGCUAGCAUGUCUGGUUAUUCUGCUCCGCAAGGCUGUCCCUCCCCCACUGUUUUCACAUAUCCAGAAACAGUGUUCUACAACUUUGAAGAAGGUCGGUCAUAUAAUAAGUUUGAACGAGGACAGAUAUGGGCUCUUUACAAUGAUUUUGAUGGCCUCCCCAAGUACUAUGGUUGGGUUACAAAAGUUGAUUUAGAUCCAUUUGGAGUGCACCUGACUUGGCUGGAAGCUUGCCCUCGAUCAGAGCAGGAGAAUACGUGGUUAGAGCAUGAGUUACCUGUGAGCUGUGGGACAUUUAAAAUCAAGAACUGGAGGAUCAAGUAUGACACAAAUGACUCGUUCUCUCAUGUAGUAGAAAUGCAAGUUGGUUCGAAGCGGCACAUUGAAAUCCACCCAGAAGUAGGGGAGAUUUGGGCGAUCUACCACAAUUGGUCACCUGGCUGGGUUCCUUCCAGCAAGGAUGCUUGCGAAUAUGCCAUUGGCGAGAUAACUGAGCGCACUGAAGCUAGCACGAAAGUUUUAUUUCUGACUCAGGUAGAUGGCUACAGAACUGUAUUCAAGCCAGACAAUGAGAGGAGUAUUCUGGAGGUGCCAGCAAAAGAUGACUUGCGGUUUUCUCACCGGAUACUCUCUUUCCAUCUGACAAGAGAGAAGGGUGGCGAGCUCUGUGGCUUCUACGAGCUGGAUCCUGCUGCUAUUCCGGGUCCCUUCCUCUCUGGGGGUACCCACUGA